UUCGUUUUGUCGGAAGUAGAUUCAAGUUAACAUUUAAUUCGAAAGUUUACGGAGUCAUAAGAACCACACAACAGUUGCGUUAUGUCCUUGGGGACAUCGCCCGGUAAAGGAAGAAACAUACGACUACAGAGCUCAUCGUCUUCACAAAGUGUUCCUCAUGUUUAUGUAGAAACUACAUUCAGUGCUGGAAGUUCUGUACCGCCGAUAACUAGACUGAAUAUUACACUCCUUUCAUAAUGAUGGCUCAACCAGUGGGAAAGGUGGAUGUAGGUCCUAUUUUGUUUAUAGAUGAUGAAGACACUAGGGAUAGCGCCUUCAGUUCCGUUGAUCUGCCAACCCCGACCGCCACCAUGUCUCACACAGACAGUACAGAGUCAGCUGGGGCAUCUGGAGGUCUACUGGUGCCGAGUCCUUGUCACGUGCGAUCAGGAUCAAAUACAUCAAACAGAUCUCUCCUCUAUGACGAGGAUGAAGAGGAUAUUCUUGUGUUUGUGGAAGCACCAAAUAAAAAACUUAUUUGUCGACUUUGUGAAAAGAUCUUCAAGAAUCCAGUAAUUGUGUCAUGCGGGCAUACGUACUGUAGACGUUGUGCAGAGUUUAAUCCAGAUGCUACCUGUGUAGUUGACGGUAUGAAGUUUUCCGUGGUGGUUGCUAACAUCGCCGUGUCGGAGCAGAUUGGAGAAAUGUUGAUAUACUGUAAAUACGGAUGUAAACUGUCUGACGAAGGGGACGAAUAUGUUCCCGAUCCAACCCGAUGUCCUGUCACCAUCAAGAUCAGCUCUCGAAGGGAGCACGAAGCGGAAUGUGACUACAUGCCAGUCGAGUGUCCCAACCAGGCCGGCUGUCCUCGACUUCUCAAAAAGGAGUUAGAGGAUCAUCUGCGAUCAUGUAACAAUGUUCGCUGUCCAUACCAGAAAUUCAGUUGUGAAUUUAUUGGCACCCAGGAGGAACUGGAGGACCACUUGAAGGUGUGUAAGUUUGAGAGUAUGAAAGAUUUCCUGCAGCGUACCGACGAAAAGAUGUCCGAUCUCAACUUCUCACUCAACCAGAAGGAUCAGGAGAUACAGUUUCUCCGCUCCAUGUUGGGAAAACUCUCGGAGAAAUUGGAAACACUGGAAAAAUCAGUCGACUUCAAGCUCGAGCUUGUUGAACACAACCAGACUAAGAUCAGGAAUGAGUUGAUGGAAAACAGGAGAGAGUUCGUGGAACUAGAGGCUGAGGUUUCAAUGCUGGGUAACAGGCUCAACCUGGGAGCAACAGCUGGAGCGUAUGAUCCAAUAUCUAUGUUCAAGUGCAAGGGGACAUUUGUUGGACAUCAGGGACCGGUGUGGUGUCUGUGUGCCAUGGGAGACUACUUGUUCAGUGGUUCAUCAGACAAAACUAUCAAGGUGUGGGACACAGGUUCCUCUUACAUUUGUGUGAAGACUCUGGAGGCACAUUCCGGAAUUGUUUUGGCUCUGUGUACCCACGGCAACAAGUUGUUUAGUGGAUCACAGGAUUGUAACAUUAUUGUUUGGGACACGGAGACUUUACAAAACAAGGAGCUGAUAAAAGCCCACGACAACCCGGUGUGUACGCUAGUAGCUGCCAGAAACAUGCUGUUCAGCGGCUCGCUGAAGGUCAUCAGAGUGUGGGAUGUGUACACCUAUGAAAUGAAACAGGAACUGACAGGACUCAAUCACUGGGUGCGAGCCCUGUCAGCCACACAAGACUUCCUAUUUAGUGGAUCUUACCAAACCAUCAAGAUUUGGGACCUGGGUACGUUAGAAUGUGUACGCAAUCUGGACACGUCUGGUGGAAGUGUGUACAGCAUCACAAUCACUAAUCAUCAUAUCUUGUGUGGAACCUACGAGAACUGCAUUCAUGUUUGGGAGCUGGGUACGUUUAAACAGAUGACGACUCUACAGGGUCACUCAGGAACUGUGUACGCCCUGGCUCCCCUCCACACAGCGUCAGGCACCAAGGUGUUCAGUGCGUCAUAUGAUCGAUCUCUCAGGAUAUGGAGCAUGGACAACAUGAUCUGUACCCAGACACUGGUGCGGCACCAGGGCAGUGUGGCGUGUCUGACUGUGUCACGAGGACGAAUCUUCUCCGGGGCUGUCGACAGUCAGGUCAAGGUGUGGCAAUAACAGCAGACAUUCUAACUGGAUGAAAUUGAAUUGUGUAUGAACCACUAACCUAUCAAAGCUUCCAGCACCUGGUUCACAGUGUUCCACAUAUUAAUUAAACCAGCAUACCCUUGGUUUGGAAUGAUUAUAAGACUUAGUGCUUUAACAAGGAAUUGGACUGAAGAGGUUUGAAUGCAGCCCUCUACGACAUACCAGUGAGGGGGGUGUCUGUUCUAGAAGGAUGUAUACUUACCACACACAUCAAAGACUGCACGACACUUUGACCAGUUACUCGUGAUUUAGUCUGGCACUAAUAUUUCAAUCAUAAACAAUAUUAGUUCAUCAAAUACAUUGUAUAUAUUCAAAUCAUUAACAAAAUUACUUUAGUGUGAUUUAAAACAGAAUAAUGGCUAAAAGAAAUGUUCUUCCCACAUUCUCAAAGGCUGCACAAAUCUUGUCCUGUUCUUAUAAAUGUUUUAAAGUCUGGACUUGGGUUUAACAAAAUCUAAAGAUUUUAAUGUGAAAGUAACACCACAUGAAUAGUAUGCAGCAUUAUAAAGUUUUUAUAAAC